GGAAGAGAACCCAAGACAACCCGAGUGACAGCACUACCCAGUGAGAGCUUCCCCAGGAACCUGUCACAGGUCAGCACUACCAGAUCAGCAUCAAGUCCAGUCAGAACAAUGAUUCCUUGACACUGGCCAGUCCUCCAGAGGCAAAAUCUAAGGCUCUGGAUAAAGCUGGUGUCCUUUAUCGCACCAAGACAGUGGACAAAGGGAAACGUCUUCAGAAGAAGAAUUGGAGCUCAUCCUGGACUGUGCUAGAAGGCGGGAUUCUGACCUUCUUUGAGGAGUCAAAGGCCUCAACUGCUGGCAGCCUGAGACAGCCAUCCAACUUGUCGACUCCAGAGUAUACUGUGGACCUCCGAGGAGCUACUCUGAAUUGGGCCACAAAAGACAAGUCCAGCAAGAAAAAUGUGCUAGAGCUCCGGAGCCGAGAUAGCUCCGAAUACCUGAUUCACCAUGACUCAGAGACCAUUGUUGGGACUUGGUGCAAGGCGAUCAUUCAGGGCAUCCAGGAGCAGUCCACAGACCCCUAUCCUGAGAUUGACUGUGCAAACAGUGCUGACUUUGGGUCCAGUGGGCGGCUGGGAGAUGGAAGGGAGAAAGAAGAGGAAAAGAAGCAUCCUAUCAGUCCCAUGGGUCCUGAGAGUGACUCCAGCAAGGUCUGACACAAACUCCGAAAAUCCUUGUUGAGGCGGGAGGAAGGCUAUAUCAAAGACCAGGUGUUUGGCUGUGCAUUGUCCAGGCUGUGCGACCCAGAGAACAGCCUCAUACCCCGCUUUCUGUUGCAGCGUACCCUGACUGUGGAGUCUCGGGGGAUGGACAUCGAUGGAUUAUACCGCAUCAGUGGGAAUCUGGCCACCAUCCAGAAACCACGUUACAAGGUGGGCCAUGAUGAACGCCUGGACCUGGACUAUGGGCGCUGCGAGGACGUCCACGUCAUGACCGGAGCACUGAAGCUCUUCUUCCGGGAGCUCCCCGAAUCCCUCUUCCCCUUCUCUCACUUCCACCAGUUCAUCUCUGCCAUCCAACUCCCUGAUCAGGCCAAGCGGAGCUGCCACGUCCAGGACCUGGUGCAUUCUCUUCCUGCCCCCAAUCAGAACACCAUGCGUCUCCUCUUCCAGCACCUCUGCAGGCUGAUCGAACACAGAGAAGAAAACCGCAUGUCCAUACCGUGUGAGGCGAUUGUCUUUGGGCCAGCGCUGCUGCGGCCCGAGAGCGAGGAGGGAAACAUGCCUAUGACCAUGGUGUUUCAGAACCAGGUGGUUGAGCUGAUACUUCAGCAGUGCAGGGACAUCUUCCCCCAACGCUGACCCAGUCCUGCCAGAGGCCGGGACACAGCUGGACAGUGGGGUGUUG